GCUAGAGAGGGAGCUACAUCAACCCAACACAACACAAAACAAACUCUCAUUCAAUAUAUACAUACAACAAUCUUGUAUGUAUAAUCGCACACAUAUUCAAUAAUUUAUCAUCGAUUGAGCUCAUUGAUUCAAUUGAAUUGAUUCAUAUUUAUGUGUUUGCGUGAUUGUUCGUUGAGUUUCGUUGCUUCUGGUUGUUUGUCGAUGAAUUUAUCGAUUCGCGGCGGUGAAUUUGGUGUGAUUUCGCGGUGUAUAAGUGAGUUAUAAGUGAUUAUUAGGUAAAUUGAUCUCGAUCUUGUUGAAAUUGUGUUGCGGAAUAGGAAUUGUGGUAUAUGAGUGAGAUGGAGCAAGGUGAGGGUGUUUCGAAGAAGGCGCCUCAAUCGGAGCCUUCGUCGAAGAGGCAGUUGGAUUUUGGAGGUGUUUCGGGGAUGGCGGAGAGUAGUCAAGUGUUGGCAGGAAGUCAGUUGAGGCCUGUGGUUCAGCAAUUGCCUGUGAGGCCGGUGGUAGUGCAAACGGCCUCGAUUACGCAGUCGUUGUUGAUGCAGAUGCAGGCGCAGGGGCAGGCGGCUCAUCCGCCUAUGAGGCCUUCAAAACCAGAUUCGCCGAAAGCUCGCCCAAAACAAAAUUCUGAAGUGAAAGAUGGUACACCAAAAAAGCAAAAACAGUGUAAUUGCAAACAUUCCCGCUGCUUGAAGUUAUAUUGUGAGUGCUUUGCGUCCGGAAUAUAUUGUGAUGGUUGCAACUGUGUACAUUGUCAUAAUAAUGUUGAAAAUGAGCCUGCCAGACGAGAAGCUGUUGAAGCUACUUUGGAACGCAAUCCAAAUGCAUUUCGGCCUAAAAUAGCUAGCAGCCCACAUGCUACUCGUGAUAAUAGGGAGGAAGCUGGUGAAGUUUUAAUUUUGGGAAAGCAUAAUAAAGGAUGUCAUUGCAAGAAAUCAGGGUGCCUGAAGAAGUACUGUGAAUGCUUUCAAGCCAACAUUCUCUGCUCCGAAAACUGUAAGUGCAUGGACUGCAAGAAUUUUGAAGGAAGUGAAGAGAGGCAGGCCCUCUUUCAUGGUGAUCAUGCCAACAACAUCGCAUUUAUGCAUCAGGCAGCAAAUGCUGCCAUUACAGGAGCUAUUGGAUCUUCUGGUUAUGGACCUCCGGUGUUCAAGAAGAGGAAAGGGCAGGAACUUUUCUUUGGUUCAACAGCAAAAGAUUUAUCCACUCACAGGCAGCCACAUAUCCAGCAGACAAACUUUUUUAGAGGACCUGCACCCUCAUCUUUAUCUACCAAUCCUGGUUCUGGUGUCAGCAACUGUGCUGCCGUGGGUCCUUCAAAAUCAUACAGGUCUCUCUUAGAAGGCAUAAUCCAACCCGAAGAUUUAAAGCAACUUUGCUCGGUUCUAGUGGUAUAUACAGGAGAAACUGGCAAGAUAAUUGAAGAUAGAAAUGCUAUGGAAAAGCAGGCAGAAGAUCGUAAAGAAAACUCCCUUACUUCAUCGAAUCAAGAAAGGUGUCAAAACCAGAGGGAAUUUGAUGCUGAAAGAUCUGUGAUUGAUGAUUGUUCUAGUGCUAACCAAAUUGAAAAAGUCAUACCCGAUGAGUCCAGUUCUGAUGGUGCUGAUGCAUCAAAUGGAAGGCCAAUGUCUCCUGGAACACUGGCUUUGAUGUGUGAUGAACAAGAUACACUGUUUGCUGCUUCCCAAAGUGGGGUUUUGGGCAAUGGUGGUAAUGCAUCCUCUCAGUUGCCACAAGGCGAGGGCGUAACAGAAACAUAUGUUGAACAAGAAAGAAUUAUCUUAACAAAGUUUCGAGAUUGUCUGAACAAACUCAUCACCUUGGGGCAAAUAAAAGAAAGAAAAUGUUCCACGAUGGCUCAGACUGAAUCAGAUGAUAAAAUCGAUGCCUUCAGCAAUGCCACGGCAAAUGCCAGUACGGGAAGUAUACAUCACCCAGGGCUUUUUAACGGUGCCCCUGCACAUUCAAUGCUUCCUCCUGUGUUGAUACCUCAGACGGUUAACCCAGCAUCUGUAUCUGCUGCUUCUAAUAAUGACUUGCAGUCUAGAAUUCCAUUUACUUCUGAAAACGGGACUUCGAAACAGAAGAGUGAGAAAUCAUUGUAAAAUAUUAGGACCAGAGAACUUCUCAGAUUGCAUCUGCAUCUCUGUAAUUCCAAUCUCCUGUAUGAUGCGGAUGUUAAAUUAUAGUUGGCCCUAUUUUUGAAAUUGACCAGGAUCUGACCUAUUUCCUUCAACUUUAACCAAUUGAAAUUAUGAUCUGCUUACAUUGAAAUACAGUACUUAUUAUGUAGCAUCUGCAGGGCUCACAGAGUCAUAGGCAUAACAACUGCCACACCAACACCAAUGUUUCUAGUGACCGUUAAAUGGUUGGCA